CUUUAAGCCGCGCCGCCCCUGCCUGUACGGGCGUCUGAGCCGCGGGAGCCGCGCGGGAAGGAGCCGCCACAGCGCCGGGACGCGCCUUCCUCCUCUUCCUCCUCCUCCUGUCCCCCCUGCUCCUCCUCUCCGGCCUCGCCGCAGCCCCCUCCUCCCCACCCCGUGCCCCCGCUCCUCCCGCCACUGCCAGCUCUAAGAUGCCCCGCUAUGAACUGGCUUUGAUCCUGAAAGCCAUGCAGAGGCCUGAGACAGCUGCGGCGCUCAAACGCACCGUGGAGGCUCUGAUGGAGAGAGGAGCCAUCGUGAGGAACCUGGAAAAUCUGGGGGAAAGGUCUCUGCCUUACAAAAUCUCCAGGCACAAGGAGCGCCACAAGAGAGGAGGGUAUUUCCUGAUAGAUUUGGAGGCCCCCCCUUCCAUCGUGUCCCCCAUGAUGGAUCAUUUGGGACGGGACAUCGAUGUCAUCAGAAGGGCUUUUAUCAAACACCCCCUGGCCAAGGCAGAAGAAUGUGGUGGCAUCAUCCCAGUCAGUCCUGAAGAGAAACUCUCCUCCAAAAAAACCUGAAAAUCUCAAAUGUUUCAAACCUUUCUUAAUCCUUUUUUUUUUUUUUUUUUUUUAAUCGCUGCUGUGGAAAAGAAUUGUGAUAAUUCCUGUCCAGCAUUAAAAAAAAAAA